CCUAGCGCCCCUCCGCUGGCGGGUGGUUGGAGGCCGCGGCGGCUGCGCAUUGAGCAGCUUCCUGCCUUACGACCCGAGCUUGCUUCUCCGCUGCGGGACGCGCGGCGUGGAGACAGCGCUUGACAGUGUCUGCCGUUUGCCGGGCGGGGAGAGCUGGUUUGUGACUCGCACAGGGAUAAUGCUGAAAGGAAUGACAAGGCUUGUCUCCAGGGUCCAUAAGUUGGACCCUGGACGUUUUUUGCACUCAGGGACCCAGGCACCCCAGUGCCUUGUUGCUCACUUGGAUAACCAGGUUCCAACUGAGAGUCCCAGAGCUAUUUCCCGCACUCUUGAGAACGAUCCGGCCAAGCAUGGGGAGCAGCAUGUGGGUCAGCACUACAACAUAUCCAUCCAAGAACUGAAGACUGUGUUCCCCCACGGCCUGCCUCCUCGCUUCGUGAUGCAGGUGAAGACAUUCAAUGAAGCUUGCCUGAUGGUAAGGAAACCAGCCCUCGAGCUUCUGCAUUACCUGAAAAACACCAAUUUUGCUCACCCAGCCGUACGAUAUGUUCUCUAUGGCGAGAAGGGAACAGGAAAAACCCUCAGUCUUUGCCAUGUUAUUCAUUUCUGUGCAAAACAAGACUGGCUGAUACUGCAUAUUCCAGAUGCUCAUCUUUGGGUGAAAAACUGCCGGGAUCUUCUGCAGUCCACCUACAACAAACAACGCUUUGAUCAACCUUUAGAAGCUUCAGUCUGGCUGAAGAAUUUCAAAACUGCAAAUGAGCGUUUCUUGAGUCAGAUAAAAGUUCAAGACAAGUAUGUCUGGAAUAAGCGAGAAAGCACUGAGAAAGGCAGUCCUCUGGCAGAAGUAGUUGAACAGGGCAUAAUGCGAGUGAGGAAUGCCACAGAUGCAGUUGGGAUUGUGCUUAAAGAGCUGAAGAGGCAAAGUUCUCUGGGUAUUUUUCGCCUCCUGGUGGCGGUGGAUGGAGUCAAUGCUCUCUGGGGAAGGACCACACUGAAAAGAGAAGAUAAAAGCCCGAUUGCCCCAGAAGAACUAGCCCUUAUUUACAACCUGAGGAAAAUGGUGAAAAAUGAUUGGCAAGGAGGUGCCAUUGUGUUGACUGUGAGCCAGACUGGGUCUCUCUUUCAGCCCCGGAAAGCCUAUCUGCCCCAGGAGCUGCUGGGAAAGGAAGGAUUUGAUACCCUGGAUCCCUUUAUUCCCAUCCUGGUUUCCAAUUAUAACCCAAAGGAAUUUGAAGCUUGUAUUCAGUAUUAUUUGGAGAACAAUUGGCUUCAGCAUGAGAAAGCUCAUACAGAAGAAGGGAAGAAGGAGCUGCUGUUCUUAAGUAACAGGAAUCCCGGGCUGCUGGAGCGGCUCUGUGCCUACCUCUAAGCCCUGGUCACAAAGUGCGUGGAAGACAAUGGAUGUUUCUUUAAUGGACCAGUCAGAUGGGAAGCCCCACAGUAUACAAGAGCAGCCCGGCGCUGCACGCGGGCGCCAACAGGACUGCAGUCAGCUCCCAGCCUUUGUUGCAGUGGGUUCCUUGUAAGGGGCCCGUGCUGGCAACAGGAUGUCCUAAAAGCAACGCUGGUUUAUUAGCUGUGGGUUUCACAUUUUAAAUAAUCAUGUAGCUUUUCCUUAAAAAUUAAAUUAUGUUUCUUAAAGUGUUGUGUUAUAAGAUGGAAAGAGCCUAUUUGCAAUUGGUCAAACUGAAUUUCUUUGGCAUUCUGCUUGUUGAGGCUCUGAAGAGACUCAAUUCUACAGAAAUUUUCCAGUCUUUAUUCAGUUUAUGAGAUUGGGACUCACAGCUUGACUUAUCUCUCCCAGACCAUUCACUUCUUUACUUUUAUCAUGGUCCCUAAGAAGUUUCCUCAAACUCCAGCUGAGUCUGGCAGCUUUGUAUGGUACAGCCCCUUUCUACAGCUUCCUGAAAGAAGUAAGUUCUAAACCCCCAGCGUAGGGGUCCCCAACUGUAAGGAUCUAAUGCCUGACGAUCUGAGGUGGAGCUGAUGUGAUACGAAUAGAAAUAAAGUGCACAGCAGGGCUUUCCUGGAGGUCCAGGGGGUAAGAAUCUGCCUUGUAGUUUGCGGGACACCUGUUCAAUCUCUUGUCUGGAUCCAGCAUGCCCCUGGGCGACAAAGCCUGGACGUCACAACUACUGAGCCCACACUCAAGAGUCCACAGCCACAGCUGCUGAGGCCGAAGCACCUGGAGCCUGUUCUCUGCAGCGAGAAGCCCUCGCGCCCCAGUGA